AUGCCCAACCCGCCCUGCAUCAAGUGCCCGAGCGGGGUCCGCUCCUGCACCUCCGAACGACUGCAGAUGCAAAGAGGCUACAUGAUCUCGAAGGCCAACAUGACCCAGCGCUACCACUGCCCGAAUGCCAUCGCCUGCCCAGGCGGAGACCUUCCAGAGGAGCUGGUGCCCAUGUGCUCGCCGGGCUACAGCGGCUUGGGCUGUACCGAUUGCAUUGAAACCCACGGCUCCGCGGACAACACGGUGCUGUCCUGCGUGCCCUGCGCCACCUCCGUGUCCAAAUGGGCUGUGCAGGCGUUCUACAGCAUUGUCAAGGAUGCGGUGAUCUUUGCGCUGGCCAUCUCCAGCGUGAUGACUGCCGGCUCGGAGGCGAUGCACUCCACCGUCCUCUUGAAUCAGCUGAUGUCGUUUGCCACAGUGGCGGGCACAGCACUCUCCGCCGUCAUGCAAACCAGCACUUUCUCGAAGCUAAGCGAAAGCUUGCAGAACCUGUUGGUGGGCUCGGGCAUCAUGGUGGACGUUGCACAGGGGGGCCAGAGCGGUGGACUGUCUACCAGCUGCCUUGCGGAGUUCGUGGGCCUGCCGAAGACGUUGUGGAUGGCCCACAUCCUGCGGUCCGCCACGCCCGCGGUGUUGAUCGCCUUUCUGAGCAUCUACAAGGACCCCUGGCUUGCCCUGGUGGUCGGGACAAACUGCUUCUUGCCCGAGUUCUGCGCCGGCUUCGGCAAGUACUUGGUGUGCUUCCGCGUCGAGAAGGAGAGGAGAGGUGGAGAGCUGAUGUGCAGCUUCUUACCCGACAUUCCCGUGGCGACGGCCCUGAUCACAGGCAUGAUCAUCCUCUGCUUCUUGGUGGGCGUUUGCGGCUGGAUGCUUGCAGCCUCCUCCAAGACGACCCCGAAGCCGCCUCACGUGGUGUACUUGACCAACGCCUACAAGGAAGAGUUUGCAGCUUGGGAAGUCGAGCGCUUGGUGCGAAAGAUGCUGCUCACUUUGGUCGGCGCCGUGCUGCCCAUCACCUUGGCGCCGGCGCUCCAGCUGGCCUGCCUCAGCGUGAUCCUCGUCCUGUCCCUGGUCGCGUACCUGCACCUCCUCCCGUACAAGGAGAAGGCCUUCAACCUGAUCGAAGCGGCGCUGCUUUCGGAUGCGCUGAUCGUGACCGCCCUCUCCAACUCACUCUUGGCCAACGACUCGAACUGGGCGAAGACGGAAGCAACCAACCAGCUCCUGCUUUUCGUCACUGCGCUGCUGGCCACUGCGGGGGCUGGAGGCAUGCUCCUUCUUCUCAUCCGUGCUCAUCUCCGCGAGCACGCAGCGGGAGCGAAGUCGCCAGAAGCCUCUGACUAA